CUCAAUGUUUUGAAUGUCAAAUGCCUGUCGAUGAAUUGACAGCUUGGCGAGCGAGACACUUUUAAUUUAUCACAAUUUUGAUUUUUUUUUAACUGGAGGAAAGGAUUACGGUACAAACUGUAUUGUUUGUCCUAAAGUAAACUUAGAGAUGUGUUUUCUGACAAAAUAUUUUAAUAGUGAAGAAACUACCUGUUUCAUGAUUAAUGUGAGUGUUGAUCGGGGUUAUCCUAGGUAGCUAGGCUAGCUAGUUGGUUGCAUAUGUGAAUCCUACACACUAUCCUGGGUAUGUUUUACGAAGUCGUCUAAGCGAAGCUUACCCUACCUACUCAAGGCAGCAUUGGAGUGAUGUGGCAGUUUCGUCAUCCGUCUCAUUAAGUUACGACGACUGUCUGCUGUAAGUCGGCGCUGUGAAUACUUCUCAAGAUUGUUCGGCGACGCAGGACCGAUUGUUCAUUGGAAACCGAAGGAGAGACGGAGAUCACCUGCUUUUUAACGUAAUCUCAACUGCAGCAAAAGCGAAAUGGAUUGCACCAAGCACUUCACUCUCUUUCAUUCAGUAUCUCUGUUGUUACUCCUUGCUCCUGCUGUGUUGGCCCAGAUAAAUAUAGUGACCGUCAUAGAUGCCUCACUGAAGGAAGGAGCAGGCUGGGUGCAGCAGUCUGUGUCCGAUGCCCAAAAGAAAACGGGCCUCAGCCUGAAACAGUCUCUCGUCUCACUCUCCCUCGAGGAUGAGGAGACCAGCGAAGGCCAGUUCUGUUCCGCCCUCUACAACGGGGCGGCCGUGGUGCUGGACUUAGCCGCUGGAGGCUGGAUGUUCGGGCGGGAUCACGCGGCCGCCCACGGCGUUCCUUACGUGAGGGUCCAGAUCUCCAACUACCAGUGGAUGUCGGCCGUCGACGCCUUCCUUCAGAGUCGCAAUGCCACCGAUGCGGCGCUCAUCUUCGGCUCUGAAGAUCAGUUGGACCAAGCCCUGUAUUACCUGGUGGAGGGGUCCGUCAUCCGCGUGAUCGUCCUUCAUGGCAUUGAAACCAACAGCACAGACACCCUAAAGAAAAUGCGACCCGCUCCCUCCUAUUACGUCAUCAUCGGCUCAACCAGCGAGCUCAAUAUGCUCUUCAGCAAAGCUGUGAAAAACCAGUUGGUCUCCAGAGAUUCCAGAUGGACUUUGGUAGCUACUGAUGUCAAACCAGGAGUGUUGGACCUGAGUAUGGUGACCGGUACAACGGCCGUUACGUUAAUUGCACCCACAGAAAAAGUGUGCUGUACCGUCCGCGAUGUACCUCUAGAUUGCGCCUGUGCCACUUUAAAUAUAGCGAAGCAAUUGGUCGAGGUGUCCAUGAGCAAACUGGCGCAGGCUCUGAAGACUUCUGGCGCCAAGGACAUUUCGGGGACCUGCGAUCAGGCCCCUUCCACCCCUCCUGCAACCGACGCUUUCUACAGCGCUUUGCGACAAGAAGUCGGCUCUUGGUCUAACGUGGAAUGGAACACCGAAAAGAAGCAGGUUGUGCCGCAACUGGAGUUCUCUCUGACAGCAAUCAACAGUUCCAGCAAGACGGAAAUCGGCAGCUGGAGCACGCUCGGCAAGUUGGAUUUAAAUCCCGACUAUAAGAACUCGCCCAUUCGAAGGUUUUUUAAGAUAGGCGCUGUUCUGGCCCACCCGUGGCUCUACAAGAAAGAGGGUGGGUUGCCAGACGAAUUCGAAGGCUACUGCAUGUCUCUGACCAAGCGUCUGGCCGGCAGCAUGGAGUUCGACUUCCAGUUCGUUCUCCCGGAGGAUGGGCAGUACGGCGCCAGGCAAAAGAAUGGGUCCUGGAAUGGUCUCGUGGGAGACCUGGCCAAAGGGCUGACAGACAUCAUCGUGGCACCACUCACGAUGACGUCAGAGAGGGAGGAAGUGAUCGACUUCGUGGCGCCAUACUUCGACCAAUCUGGAAUUUCAAUAGUCAUCCGGAAGAGCCAGCGAGAAGAAAGCCUGUUCAAAUUCAUGACGGUCCUGAAGGCAGAAGUUUGGGUGAGCAUCGUGGCUGCCCUUGUUGUCACUGGGGUCAUGAUAUGGCUCCUGGACAGGUACUCCCCAUACUCGGCGCAGAAUAAUGCUGCCCUGUAUCCCGCCAACUGCAGGAAGUUCACCCUGAAAGAGAGCUUCUGGUUUGCCCUGACUUCCUUCACGCCCCAGGGAGGUGGCGAAGCACCAAAGGCGCUGAGUGGCAGGACGCUCGUCGCAGCUUACUGGCUAUUCGUGGUUCUCAUGUUGGCUACGUUCACCGCCAAUCUCGCCGCCUUCUUGACUGUUGAACGUAUGCAGACGCCAGUGAGUUCCUUGCAAGAAUUGGCUGGCCAGAGCAAGAUCAACUAUACGGUCCUCCAGUCCACGUCUACGGAACAGUACUUCACCAAUAUGGCGGCGGCAGAAGAAGAACUCUAUCGGGUAUGGAAAGAGCUGACCCUGAACAGCACGAGCGACCAGAGUAAGUACAGAGUAUGGGAUUAUCCCAUUAAGGAGCAGUACACUCACAUCCUGAAGGUCAUAGACGAGACGGGACCUGUGGCCACAGCCGAGGACGGAUUCAAAAAGGUCCUGGACAACGAAAAGGGUCAGUUUGCCUUCAUCCACGAUGCUUCAGAGAUCCGCUACAAAGUCUAUCACAGUUGCCUGCUGACGGAAGUUGGAGAGGCCUUUGCCGAACAGCCUUACGCCAUUGCAGUGCAACAAGGAAGCCAUCUGCAAGAUGAAAUCAGUAGGGCAAUCCUGGAGCUGCAGAAGGAGCGCUACUUCGAGGUGCUGUCGGCUGAGUUCUGGAAUGCUUCGGCCCGCAGUGCUUGCCCCAACGAGAAUGACUCCGAGGGCAUCACUCUUCAGAGUUUGGGCGGAGUCUUCAUAGCGACAUUGAUCGGCCUAGCACUGGCAAUGAUAGCGCUGGCCAUUGAGGUCCUGUAUUACAAGCGAGGUCAGCCCAAGGUCAACAGCGGCAACCCCAAACUAUCCAUGAAGAUGAACGGGGACAAGCGAGGAGUCAUCGAUGUCGUUCCUGUUUAUCACUGAGGAAUUCGUCUGAGAAAUCUCCGAUGUUUAUGUUAAAUUGACUCUUCGUGUCUGCUGUGGUUAUUAUAUAUCUUGGUUUGCUGUGAUGCUUUCAGCUCGGCGUACGCGAUGCUAUUCCUCCUCGAGAUACUCUUUAAAUUACUGAUGAGAAAACACUAAAAGACAAUUGUAAAAUACAAGAAGCAACUCAUUUAGAAAACGUACAAGGGCCCGCCAGAGAGGGACUCAUCCCUGUGGAAGGCUGUACUUCAAACCAAACAAAUGAACAUCCCGCUUGAAAGGCGUCCGCAGGACAGCUUGCGAGAAUAUGUUUAAACUUAUUAUAAACAGAGUGCAAGAAUGUGUGUAGAUAUUUCAGUAAUCACCUGUAGCCUUUAAACUCGCUCUGAAUUUGUUCGAUUCUAUUUGCAAGUUUAAAUUCGCAUGCUACAACCGUGCACAUGGUGCAGUUUCUCGCGCGAGUUCCCGCCAGAGCAGUAAACCGAACUAGAUAGACUCAGAGCAUUGCAUCGCGUACACCCAGCUUUACGACAGAAAACUUGCUCCUUUUCGGUUCGGGUUCUAGUUACUAUGUGUUAUUCUCUGCUUCUUACUUUUCUUCUUUUCGUUUCAUCUCCUUUUAUGGUUUACUUUCUGUGUGUUAGGUUUGCAAUGACACAACGUCCUGGAGACUGGACUUUAUUACAGGAUACUCGGGAGCCAACUGACUCGCAACAGCGUAUACAGAAUUGCCAAUAACGGAUGCAUGCUCGGCAGCGCAUGGCCGAAGAACAUAUCGUACAUCCCCCCCUCAAGAAUAUACUUAUACAUGGCAAAAAUAAAAAGGGGAAAAAUACAAAACAUAUCGUACAUCCCCCCUCAAGAACAUUCUUAUACAUGACAAAAAAAAUAAAAGGGAAAAAUGCCCUUAGAUCAAUGAGACAAGAGAAGAAACAAAAAAUUAAAGCUAACUUCUCGAUGCAUACACAAAAACGAAAUAAAAUACAUAAAUUCUCUGAAAAGAAAUAUCAAUUCCUGAUGCAAUUGCAUACAAAAGGUAAUAACAUCACUCUACAAAGUCUUUGAGCCACUUGGGUUUACCAGCGGCUCUUCUGGGCCUAUCAACGACGUUGGGCUCCUGUGUGGUGCGUGUCCCCUGUUCUGUCGGGGUAUGGUUUGCGGAGGACUCGUGCUGGGACAUGGGCGUGCCAGAGGGCGGAGCGAUGACUCUCAGGUGUCGUCUGUUUCUUUUUGACAGCCUGCCGCUCCCGUUAAGCUUGACGGUGUACUGACGA